AUGACUUUCACACCAUUGCUGACCAUUUUAUUGGGUUACAAGAGUUUCGGGGACAUCCGGCCGGAAAUGAUCGCUGCGGUGAUGGUGACUGUAGUGCUGGUGGUGAUUGUAGUGGUGAGUGUGGUUGUGAUGGUGAUUGUAGUGGUGAUGGUGAUUGUAGUGGUGAGUGUGGUUGUGAUGGUGAUCUGUAGCGGUGAUGGUGAUUGUAGUGGUGAUGGUGAUUGUAGUGCGGUGAUGGUGAUUGUAGUGCUGGUGGUGAUUGUAGUGGUGAGUGUGGUUGUGAUGGUGAUUGUAGUGCUGGUGGUGAUUGUAGUGGUGAGUGUGGUUGUGAUGGUGAUCUGUAGCGGUGAUGGUGAUCUGUAG